CUCUCUCCGGUUUGAUUUACAUCCUGUCCAACCAAUCGGCACUCUUUAGCUAAACGCGUACAUUUCUACGUUCGGUAGAGAAGGAAGGGAACGAGUGAGGUGUUGCACUGCAGGUCACAGCAGCUGUUUGGUCCUUGCUUACUUAGAUCCGCCUAUCAACACGCCCCUGUCCCUCUAAUAAAUAUCGACCUCCACAGCUCUCGGGGUCCAGCUUUCUGCUUCUCUCUCUCUGCUGUUGCCUGUUGCCAUCCCGGCUCCUCCACCCUCAGAAGACCAUGGAGACAGAAAUUGAGCAGCAAGACGACGCUUCAUUCGGCAACACAGAGACAAACGGUAAGCGCCCUGCUGAGGAUGCAGAUGAGCAGAAAUCAUUCAAGCGCUCCAGGAACUCGGACGAAAUGGUUGAGCUCCGCAUCCUCCUGCAGAGUAAAAAUGCAGGAGCUGUGAUUGGGAAGGCUGGCAAAAACAUCAAAGCCCUGCGUACAGACUACAAUGCCAGUGUGUCAGUCCCAGACAGCAGUGGGCCUGAGCGCAUCCUGAGCAUCAGUGCCGACAUCGAGACAGUUGGAGAGAUCCUGCUGAAGAUUAUCCCAACAUUGGAAGAGUACCAGCAGUACAAUGGCAUGGAUUUUGACUGUGAGCUGCGCCUGCUGAUCCAUCAGAGCCUCGCGGGCUCAAUCAUUGGAGUGAAGGGAGCCAAGAUCAAGGAGCUCAGAGAGAACACAAAGACCAGCAUCAAGCUGUUUCAGGAGUGCUGUCCUCAGUCGACAGAUCGUGUUGUGCUGGUUGGCGGUAAAACUGAGCGAGUGGUUGAGUGUAUCAAGACUAUGCUGGAGCUCAUCGCUGAAGCUCCCAUAAAGGGCCGUGCACAGCCCUACGAUCCUAACUUCUACGACGAAACGUAUGAAUAUGGGGGUUUCACUGUGAUGUUUGAGGAGAGGGGAGGCGGUCGCAGGCUAAUGGGAGGGUUCCCCAUGCGUGGGGGGCGGUCCAGCGGUGGAGAUCGUGGGUUUGACCGAAUGCCCUCUAGCAGAGGGGGGCGGGGACCCAUGCCUCCCUCCCGCCGGGAUUACGAUGAGAUAAGCCCCCGCCGGGGUCCUCCCCCACCGCCCCACCCGAGUAGGGUUGGUAGAGGGAGCGGGCGUGGACGCAACAUGCCCAUGGGACACCCACACAGAGGAGGAGAAGAUCGUUACUAUGACUCGUACCGUGGCUCAGAUGACCGGUCCAAUGACCGAAGAGGCAGACCGGAUCGCUAUAGCGAUAACAUGAGUGGAGGAGGAUAUGACAACAGUUCCUCCUGGGAUAGCUACCCGUCAGGAGGACGUGGCUCCUAUAAUGACAUGGGGGGCCCCGUCAUUACCACACAAGUGACGAUCCCUAAAGAUCUGGCUGGCUCCAUCAUUGGUAAGGGAGGCCAGCGGAUCAAACAGAUCCGCCACGAGUCAGGAGCCUCCAUCAAGAUCGAUGAGCCCCUGGAAGGUUCUGAGGACCGAAUAAUCACCAUUACUGGCACCCAGGAUCAGAUCCAGAACGCCCAGUACCUUCUACAGAACAGUGUGAAGCAGUACUCUGGUCAUUUGCUGUAGACCCAGGACACUCAGAUUGAAGCAGACUCAGAUUGCCCCCCCUCACCCCCUUCCCUCAACCUUUCUGCCCCUUUCCAACACAUCCCCUUCAGACUAUUAUUCUGGAUUGUGGGUGUCUUUUUUGAAUUUAUUUUUGUAUUUUUUAAUGAAACAUAUGUCCAACAUUCCUGUGCAUAAAAGAAAUGUAGAUGUUCCGCAUUUUAAGAGUGUGGUCCAUUAGUUUAUAGCACACACUUUGCUUUUUGUUUUUUUUUUAACACUCACAUCUAUCAAAAUAUUCUUCAGUCGGACAGACAAAAAUAAACAUAACCUUAACUUUUUGAUGGUUUGGAUUUUUAUGACUUGUAUCGGUAUGCUUGUGUCUCCGGCUUAAAUAUAUUGUGUCUGUGUGUGUGCGUGCGCGCGUGUUUGUGUGCGCGAGCAAACUUGGGUUAGGUGUGCUCUCGCUUGUCUAUAUUGGUCCCUUCACACAGUUAUAUCACAUAACCGCUCUGUUCAAACGGCAGAAUGUAAACUACAAUUGAUUUAAUUUCAAACAAUUUGUUUUUAUUUUAGAGAUGUGGGAAAUGUCAUAUUUUACAGUGGACUUAAGGAUGCUUUAAGUUUGGACUUGUUCAAACCAUAUACAGUAUAAUUUGUAAGAAUAUCCAUGGUAGUUGUGUGAGGAAAAUAAUUUCAGUGACUCCUCACGAAUGGAAACACGUGGCUGGAAAUUUGUUUUGACAAACCAUGACGUACUUCUCUAUUUUGUUCCUGCAAUUUCCCAUGCUCUACACUUGUUUGCUACCUACCCGGUAGACUUCACAUUGUAAAAUGAAUAAAGAUGGUGCCACUUUUUACUGAA